AUAAAAGUGUAUUAAAACUUAAAUCUAAUUUGGGAUUAAAAAUGUUACGUUAUUUGAAUACAACGAAAUGGUUUGUUUCAUGUGAAUAAAUUCGCUACCGUACGAGCUCUUUAACUUAAACGAAUUACAUAACGACAAGGGAAUGUGUGGCACUUUAGUAAAAUUUAAUUAACGAAAUAAUUGAAGCAACAUUCCAACAGUGAACUAUCUGGGUAACGAGACAACUAUUUAUAGCUUUGCAUUCCUUCCAAGUGCCAUAUUCCCAUCCACAAAAGGAACUAAAUGCAGUAAAAAGCAAAGCUUCAUUGCAAUAGGAUUCCAUUUGCAACUUAUUAAAGCAAUGACUUAAAGCUUAAAGCACACGCUCGCGUUAACCGAUCGCUAAUAUGUGUGCGACCAAAAAAAAAAGGUGUAUGAAGCAACCAAAAUAUGGUGAUAUUGAAACCGAAAGAAUGAAAAAAGAAGUAAAGCAAAAAUCCCUUUCCCGCUAAGCUCCAAUCCUUUACCCUUCCCGUUUCUCCACUCUUCCAUCGGUUUCCCCUCCGGCUAAGGACUCAUUUCCGGUGAAGAAAGGACUUCCUCCGGUGUCGGGUUUUGUGUACGCACAAGUCGGGGCUACCCUACAACCGGACCAGUUUCUGGUGGUGGUGAAUUUAAAAAUUUAAGAACGCACCGCAUCGUUAUGGUAGUGAAAGCCAGUUUACUGAGGUCGGGAUUCACUAGUGGCCAUUGCCAUGGGGUUGCUUUACCAUCGGGAUCACCAUCUGCGUUUUGUGCGAAUUCAAUUGUGGCUGAUGCGGAUUUAUAUGUGUAUAUGUUGGGUGUGGUUUAAUGUUUGAUUUUGUUUUUUGUUUUGCUUUUGGAUAUGGUAAGCUUUUGUGUGUGUGUGUUUGUUUUUUUUUGUUUUUGGGGAUGCUUUUUGGGGAUGGUUGUGGAAAUUUAGCAAAAUGGAAGAAAAAUUAAAUUAUUCAUACAACGAUCGAACAGCUUUAAAACUUUUCUCUUUAAAGCAGACAGCAAAUACAGUCUUAUGUGUAAUGAGAUUUUUUUAAAAAGGAAUAAUUAAGCCACCAAAAAUUGCACUCUAUUACGCAGUUAAUUUUUUCCAAUUUUCGUCGGAAAAAUUCUCACAAACUAAUCUACCACAAACAUCAAUUAACAAACAAAAUGAGAGAAAAAAAGCAACGUCGAUAAGUUUCUCAUUCGUUUGACACAAUCAAACACCUUUCUACGGUGCUUGAUUGGGGAAUUUUCCACGGAACGAAAACGUUAUCCUGCCUGAUGCCUUAGUCAAGGAUGGCUUAAGGAAGGCCUACAAAAAUUUAGCCAAUUUUCGCACCACCUGUCUGGGGUGGUUUUUAUCACUUCCUUUUUUUCCCACUACUACCUGUCGUUCAUCCAAAAACCGUACAAAUCAACCGUAAAGUUAUUGGGUCUGAGAUUAGCUCCAGAUUUUAUGUAUUGUGUGAGAAAGGUCGUAUAUGCGGGCGUUCCUGGGAAGUCAAUCUUUGGAGGGAUGUUUCUUGUUGUUAUCCUCGUUAUGGCCAUCCACACUGUCUGGUUAUUUGUUUGAUUUUCUUUCUUACACAUCACCAUCACUAUUCCUGUUCACUUUCAGCAUCUGCUUUUAUGGGUGAAUUUUCCCGGGUGUGAGGUUUUCCCUCUCCCUCUCUCUAUUUUCUUUCCGGUGGUUGUGGAUGUGUGUUUGUGUAUAUAAAAAAGUGUGCGUUAAGGUGUGUGUGUGUGUGUGAAAGUGAUCCUCAAAGCGGAAGCUUAAAUCAUUCAAUGAAGUAGGUGAAGAAAAGAAAACAUUAAGAUUAUAAGCUAAAACCUUACCGGAAUACCGAAGGGGGGAAAAAUACCCCAAAAAAGGAAGGAAACCUUAUGAAGAAUGUUUUCAGAUUGGGCAUACGGUUAACUAGAAGGUUUAUUUCGCAAAUGUAAGAUAGUCAGUGUUUUCCCCCGUGUGCACGUACAAAAAAAAGGUACCUAACCAAGUGAAAAAGAAGAAAAUGUUGUAAGAAAAAAAAGAUGUUAUUCGAUUAAAUCGAGCGGAAAGUGAUUUGAUAAAGCAAAUCGAGAGAAAAGCUCGACGGAAAAGCAUUUCCCACACACAUACACAAGGAAACAAGGUUUUGCUGUCAAAGGAAGGAUUUCUUUUUAUCCCGGUUAAAAGGACAUCGGAAGCUUCCCGAGAAGCUUUCAUCCGGAAGGUUGGCAACGCUGGUAGCAUUUGCCACACACACAAACACACAGUUGUGCUCCUAAUUGCCAAACCGGAAGGACUUCAUUACUGUCCUGGGCGAUUCUUGGCAGCGGACCGGACGACGAGCUUCUUUACGGCCAUGGCACAAAAGGUUGUUUGUUAAAAAUCAAAAGUGGCUCUUCCAGUGACAACAAAUAUAUAAGUGCAACAAACCACCAAAUCUGAUCGGCAACUAACAUACCCACGGGGAGAACAUUGAACAAACCAAAAAAACCGCAAAUGAAACCGAUCGUACGUGCGGCUACGCGACACAAACCGGUGCAUAAUUAUCAACUCCGUUCGUAUGUGUGCCCGUGCCUGCUGCAUGCGGAUGCACCGAUCAAAGGUGAAAAGCGGUGAUGCAUCCGUAAUGAACUAGUGUUUACUAGCCAGUAUGCAACUGUCGGUGGUCAUGUGACUCAAAACGAAGCUAUGUUUUCAAGUGUUCUAAAACCAAGUCAAAGAAUUUUGAAGUAGCUAAAGUGAAAAUAGUGCUUAGUGGAAGUAGGAGAAGAAAGGAUCCUUCAAAAACGUCGUAGUUAUAUCAUUCUUUAUAGUCCGCAUCGUAGCAAAAAAGCAUCAUAAUGAACUUCAACAUAUCUAUACGUACGGCUCUACUCAUCAUACUGGCCCUGGUCUGCGGGACGACGGCAGCCAAUACAACCCGCAAAUGUCCCAACGAUUGUCACUGUGAUCUCGACCAGAAAGGACGCUACCGUACGGUGUGCAACAAAGUGGAAUGGAUUAUUCCGCCGCUAUCACAAUUCGAGCCGGACGUGGAGGUGUUCGUUAUCUCGAACUCACGCAACCCAAUCAACGUGGGACCACAGUUUCAGUUCUUUAAAAAGCUCGAAGUACUGCGCAUAGUUCACUCCAACAUACAGUCCGUGGGUGACCGUUCCUUCUGGGGCUUGAUACGGUUGAAGACGAUUGAUAUUUCGCACAACAAUAUCACCCAGCUCGGGACGGAUAAUUUCCGCGGUCAGGACAAUUUGAUCGAGCUUGACCUAUCCCGCAACCGGUUGGACAAUAUCGCAAGUGGAACGUUUGGCCAUUUGAAGGAACUAAAAACACUUCAUCUGGUAGCUAAUUCCAUCACCGAGUUUACUCAACGGUUGUUUCUACAUCUGGCUAAGUUGAAGUAUCUUGACCUAAGCCACAACUCCAUCGACGAUCUGCCACCGGAAGUGUUCAAAGACGUACAGGAUUUAAAAAUAUUUAAAUUGCGAGGAUGUCGCCUGUCAAAAAUAAAUCCACAAAUUUACAACAUUCUUUCCCACCUGACGGAGCUGGACUUGGGACAUAAUCAGUUCAAAUAUCUCGACCGGGAAGAAUUUAAGGACCUGCGGUAUCUGCAAAAAUUACGCCUCGACGGCAACCAGCUGUCGGUGAUCGUCGAUGAAUUAUUCAUGAACCAGAGGGAGCUAAGUUUUCUUGAUGUUUCCCGUAACCGGUUGGCCAAGAUCGCCGACCGGGCUUUUGAGAACUUGACUAACCUAACCUAUCUGGACGCAUCAUACAACAAGCUGUCUCUCAUAGAGCCGGCCUGUUUUCGACCACUUCGGAAGCUGCAAACGCUUAACAUUAGUGGAAAUUUACAGCUGGAUCUAAGCGAAAUGGAAGACACGAUACAGGUCAUAAAGAACAUCACCGGGCUGAUGGUGGCCGAUAUGGGUGCGCUUCCACCGAACCUCUUCGGUCCAUUCCGGCAUCUGAGUGCGCUGAAUCUGUCUGGAAAUCAUAUCGAUAACAUCACCCUACAAAUCAUUGAACCAUUGAACCAUUUGGAGUUCUUGGAUCUGUCCCGAAAUCAACUGAACGGUAUUCCGGAACGGUACGCAACCCAACUAGCACGGAUCGCCGACGUCAAGCUGGAAAACAAUCCUUUGAUAUGCGACUGGUGUCACAUGGGACCACUCAUCACACAGUCCAAAAAGCUUAAGCGAGGUCUUCCCUGGCAGGAAGUACCACGGUGCUUUCUACCUGAACGACUUCGCGAGGUACGCAUCGAUGGGCUUCAUCAAGACGGUGUCGAGGAUUGCAUGGAGGUGAUAGUGGACGAGGACCAUGAUGCUGCCAGCACGUCGCACAACUUUCUCGAGCAAGCGGGCAGCGUUAGCAUACUGGCUGCCUGUGGGCUUAUCAUAUUCAUCUUACUCGCCAUCAUCGUCGUGUCCACGGCGCUCUGUCUCUCGAGGCACCGGGCACGCUACUACACGCACGAGGAUAAACGAGACACAAUACUCGAGAAAAAUGCGGAAACACCCAUCAUUACGACGGGCAGCGAAAUUAACUUCAAGUUCCCGUACAACGAACGUGUCUGCACGAUCGACGAAAUGUGCAUCCCACCGCCACCACCACCCCCGGGAAAAUUAGCCCCGGCCAGCAUCGAACGGUUCGAUUAACGAACGGAUCCAGCGAUUCGUAUCGGGGCGGAUGGAUUACUUCCAUCCACCACACCCGAUCCGGUCGCCGAAACCGUUGCCCUGAUCGAGCUAACAGCUAGCCACGCCGGUUCCCGGGACUCCCUGUCCGUAACCGAUGGGCACAGCACGCGUACGGUCACCAUUAGCAGCAUAUCGCAGUGUGCCGACAUACAGCCGGAUGUACCGUCGACGAGCAGCAACACUGCGAAACCCUUCACACCGAAGAGCAUCCUCCGAAAGCGUACCGAUGCGGGACUCUAGGAUGGAUGGAAGGUUCAAUCCUUUCACAACUGUAAAUAGUACCAACCCGGCGGGUAUAUCGUACCAGCACGGCAGGUGAAUUUUAUGCAUUAAGAAACGCUCUAGGUAAAUCGUACACAUCCCACCACCAAUACGGUGCGUGAUAUGUUUUAACGUUGAAAUCGUAUCCUGCGGCGAUGGGGCGUUCGGAAGCGUUUAAUCUAAGCGCGGGAACAUCCCUGAAUGUAGGGAGGAAGAGAGAAAUAGGGUUGGGAGGUAGUGUGUUAUUAGUUAUUAAUUAUAAUCAUGCGGGUUUUAAGCGAGAUGUGGUUGACAGAUUAGAACCGUAAACGGUAUGGGGAAUUUUUGGGGGGUUUUGCUGGUUGCCAUCCGCAAACAGGCCCAUGACGUGUGCAGGUUUAUUAAGCGAAAAUCCGAUUUGUACAUACUACACAUAUACACAAACACACCGUUUCCGUUUCUUUUCCGGAUUUUUCCUGCAGUCAAACACAAAACUAACGCCUUUAGUGACUCCCUUGCGCCCCAUUCGACCAUGCGUGCGGGUACGUGUUUGGCGUCUAAACUCCUUUGUUCGGUGUUGCCUCUCAUCCUGUUGCUCUUGUAGUGGGAUAUUUUGGGAAAAUCAUCCAUUCCGAAAAUGGUGAAUAUCUGCACUCGAGGUCUGCCAACGCAUUCCGACGCGAGAUUAAUGAUGUGCGUUUGGGGAGCUUUUUUUUGUGUACCCUUGUGUGCUUCAACGCGACUCAACAGAUGUUAGAAAAUUUGCUGUGCGUGUGCUGUAGUUGUACUGUUGGCGUAAGCCUUGUUCCAUCCAUCCAUUGCUCGAUACUGUCACGAUGACAAUCAUGAUGGGUUUAUAAUUUUACAACCCAAAUCCCUCGGUCCGGUCGAUCCGGCAUGGUGAGGAGGCAGUCCUUCGACUUGUGGCCUGUUGGUUUACAUCGGUGACAUGAUUCAACGACCUGUGUAUCAGUGGAGUUUUUGGGAUUAUAAUCUCCUUCCUUUUGUACCUUCUUUUGGGCACGUGAAUGUGCGAUAUGAGAUUUGAAAUUGAUUAUGUUUUUAGUUAACCAAGUUUAGUGCUUUAUUUAUAUUUCAACUAAAAACCCAACUUCCAUCAUUAUUAUAGUUUCAAACAGUGACUUUUUACAAGCAACUUUAGAAUUAUUUUUAAUUACCCUUAAACCACAAAUUUAUCAUCAAUGUAUGUAAUAAAAAACACAGUCAAACAGAGCAAACGACUUCAAUGAAUCGAAUAAAAAUGAGGAAAAAAGAACUACUACAAAAUGCAAUCAACUACAUCGAUCAAUGACAUUCGGUUUACUCCAUAAGCUAUCGGUUAGCAUAAAAAAAAACAUUGCGCAAAAAUCACCCCCCAAGCUAAACAAUGCGAAACAAAACACAAUCAAAACGCAACGCCCUUUAACGCGAAAGGAAAUAAAACUGUAACCAAAGCCAAUUCGCGCGCGCACUAUGACAGCAUUUACGGGUACGUACUAUCAUAAAAUAUAUGACACAGGGUUGGUAAAAUGAUUGUACGCCAUAUUUUUUCAGACCCCUUUUUGGUAAGGCUCCGUCAGAAUGUUACUGACACAACGCGAACAAAUGUUUUCACCAAAUGUGCGAUCUCCCAUCGGAAUGUUGUGGUGUAUUUUUUGUUUUAUUUUUUGUUAGAUACUUGUCAACAUAAAAUUCCAACACAGCAACCACAAACGAGUCGUUACCGUAGUGAAUAUUCAAUGCGAAAAAGCAACAAGAGCGGUUUUUGGGGCUGGGGGGCUUUAGUUGCGUAUCUACCAUUUAGCGUUGCGAACCGACAAAGCACCCCUGAACUGCGUAACUGUGUUUUAGAAAUUGGGAAAAAUGUUUUUUUUUCUAUUCUUUUUAUGCAUUCUGUGAAUGCUCCUCGGGAAGUUUUUUUUUUUCUUUGCUUAUCCUUUACCCCCAAAGCCAUUGGAAAAAAUGUCAUCAGCGUAUUAAAUUCCUUCUGUCGACGUGUUUUUAUUUCCAGGAUUAAAAGCACUUUUUUCUGUUUCUAUUUAUUUAGCCAAAUCGUUCCUGGAGCACAUAUUUAUUAUUAGUGACUGUUUGGUGCUAUGUAAAAAUUUGCACACCCGAAAAGUGUUGCAUAAAUCAGACAAAAUGGUCAACAUUGUGUGGUGGGAACAUUGCCGCCCGAGGGAGUAGCAUUUGUCGAUUUUGCGCACCGUUCCACCCUGUGCUCCAUUGAUCUAACAGGCCAUCGGAACGGUACAAACAGGCGCUUUUCUUUGCCCAAUGUCUACAGGCGCACUCACCUAGGUACGCUAGGUUGAUAUAUUGGGUAAUAUUUGCCGGUACAGCACAUCGUUCCGUCGUGUAUGAAUUGUUCGAAAGGGACAUUCGCUUCAUUCGCAAGGUAUGAUCGUAAUGUGGAAAUGUGUUUCACUUAGAGGCGCAUCAUCGUUGUACCGAAUUUUCGCCCCGAUAGUAGUAUGUAUCUAUCGAAACGGGGUUAUUUUUACGGUUUACUGUAUCGUGUACGAUAUGCAUGUUUCGCGUUUACAUUACAACGAUAUAUUUAUAGCCAUGUUGACAGAAUACGACCUUCGGAAUGUCCUGCCUGACACGGUCAUUUAAUUCAAUUGACUUCUCAUUCACCAUCAGCAUCAGACCACGCAAACCAUCGUACAGUAGUGAAGCGAGCCCUUAAACGGCGUGGCAAUAACCAUCCACCAAAACACACUCAUAAACCAACAUUAGUGUCAUCGUUUGCAGCAAAUGAGAAUAGUCUGAGUGCUGUGAGAUUCACCCUUUGCCCGAUGGCUGUCCAUCCGGACACGCUACUAGUGGUUUGGAAGAUUGCAGUUAGAAGGCAAUCGAGAGGAACGAAUCGUUCUACGCAAAGACGCAUUAUUUCUGCUUACGGCUAAGAAGAACCUUUCAAUUCCUUGGUUCUUUUUGGGGCAGAAAGAUAAGAGGGAAAGUUUUUUUUUGUGGGGGGAAAAUGAACAAUUUUGUUGACUCUGAAAUGGAUGAUAUUGAAUGAAUGCUUUUUCUUUUGAUUUCUUCUAUUCUGUUGUAUUUCUUCAUAUGAUUUGAAUAAAACAUAUUCGCCUUUUCAAUUGAGUAAUAAAGCAUUCAGGAUUCUUCCUUUAUAUCCGCCUAAAGGUAUGCAAGUUAUAUAAAGUUUAAAUAUUACAGACAACUUAAGAAAGAAUUUCGAUUGAUAGCAACUGGAAUUGGAGUUGUGUCAUUCAAGUCAUAAACACUUUGAACUAAAAAAUAUAUUUUCCAUUGGAAAAACACUCAAUAAAACAAAGCUUUUUUAUGUUUCAUCAUAGCUCCCAAAAGUAUGCAAUCUGUAUGCCACUAAUGCCUUUACUAAAGCUUUUCACCAACUUUUUUUCCUAAACUGACUUUCUAUUUGGGUGUUUGUUAAAUUAAUUACACUUUCCUAGUGCCGAAUGUAAUUUUCCAACUUAAUGAAACAUAUUUUCAACCUGCGAACGAAACACUCUUCCUCCUCGUUUCCUCGUUACUUCUCACGCAUUCCAAUAUCACAUUUCAUUCAUCAUUUGUCUAGUGUCAGAUCAGCUUAAAAUAAAACCACCCAUAACUUCAACAAUCAUAAUCAUUACCCAGCAGCAGACAUCCAGCAUUCUCCCCAACCCGCUGUUUCCAAUUGGUCGAGUAAUAGAAAGCCAGAAAGAUGAAUUAGACGAACUCUGAAUGCCGGCGAAACAAACAACUGUGUAGCCAGGCGAACCGAAUUCCGAAAAUGUUCCAAAAACUUCUGUCACAGGUAGAUGCUACCAGGGCAAAAGGAUGAAUGUGCGGAAUUUGCGUAACAAAACAGCACCAAUGAAACUGCCGACAAAGUUACGAACCGCGAUCCAAACGCAAAUUCAUCAACUCUCAACUCCCGCACACCGUUCCGCUGCCUUGGAUGAAACGGAAAGCUCUUGGAUUUCUUGAUGAAUUCCAAAUGUGCGUGGUACGCAGAAUGCGUUCACAUUUCUUCCCGUGUUGAGGAAUUAAAUUUAUCAAAAUAUUAAUUCACUCGCCUUCAACGUUGCUCUUCUUUCCGACCGUUCUUCUUUCGGUUUACCGGCGUACGCCAACACACAUUCACCCUUAGAGCUAUGGUUGCUUAAUUUUGAAAUUGCCUCCCUUGCCGUUAAAAAAGCUCCACUCUACUAAGAAGCCGCUGACAUGCCGAAAGUUGAGGUAUAAUUAAUUACCAUGAUAAAUAUUCACCUACCAAACGUUAUGGGCUCGUUUCUGGUGAGUUUACAUUUUUUUCUCUCUCUCUCGGAUAAAAUCAUCCCAUCACACAUCACGGUUGAAACGGGGCGGCAUCCUGGGAAAGGAUGCGGUGAUGUGUGUUUGCGCGGCAUAACAGGAAAGUGAGAGUAAAUUAAUGAUAAACAUAACCAGCAUGGCACGCGGUGUCUCCUUCCCUUAAAAUUUAACCAAAUUUCAAGCGAUUUUUUUAUCGGGAUAACCUGGGAUUAAUAAAGUCACUAUAACCAUGGGCCAAGGUGUGCGGUUUUUUGGCGAAGCUAUACCCAUACAGCCAUAUGAAAUUCGCAAAAAAAACAUGAAGCGUAAGGUACUCAUAUUUCCCUGGUGACAAACUGGAAAAAGCGACAAAAAAGCUGAUAAUAAAGUUUAUUUGUCUUCCCAUUUGCCUACCUGUAGGCGUUUAAAUUGUGCACAAUUUAACUGUGCAAACUGAUUCAAAAGAUACGUUUAUCCUUAUGAGCAUUUUCCACAUAAACGAAGUGGUUCAGUUUGACGCUGUAAGGUUAAAAGCUUUUAAUUUUAAAUGCGUCUAGAAAAUUAAUCCACAAUUACACUUUCUGCUUACAAAUGUGCCCAUUUUUAAAGCCAUGCACCCCAAACGUUUCUGUUUGUUGCUUUAUUUUUUUUUUCAACCCCUUCCGGAGAGCAUAACUCACCCCCCUCUUUUUGUCGGGACGCAAAUAUGCCAGGCGGUGAAGAAAAAAGUUUUAUCUCCCAAUACACAGGCAGCAAACAUCCCUCGGCAUAACUUUUAUAUUUUGUGUUUUGUUUUUGUUUAUCCAUUUUCCCAACAGCGAAUGCACAGCAAUGGUAACGAAAUGAGAUUCAGUGCGAAAGCUUUCCCGAUUGGGUGCAGAAGGGAUUAGACGAUCUGCACACUGCACACGGAAAGCGUGCAGUGAACCGCGCCCCGAAUGGGUUGGAAUGAAAAUUUUUCAAUUAAAAACAAACAGACGCAAAAUACAAACGCAUGGGCUGAAUGGUGCGUGCACAAGGGAAGUCAGGCAAAGAUGGAAUAAAUAAAUAAAAGUUUUGCUGCAGAACCGUGCGAGAAAAAAACGAACUCUUGAAAAUAAAUGGAAACGAAGAGAUAGAGAUUUUAAAAAACCAAACGUUACAAUUUGUUAAGAAAACUUUAAAAAACACAUGGAAGAAACAGAAAUGUAUGGUACUAAAAAAGAACGCUAUACAACAACAAUUUCAACAGUGAAACAUAAAGCAUGAGGGGAAAACACAUGCAACACAAAAAAAAAACAAGAUAAGUAAGGUUAAGCUUAAGUAGAUAAGCCACAGUGAUGGGAAAGAUUUAUUACGAGUUGCGUGUGAGUUGUGAGUGUAUAAUCAUCCAGAUGUGUAUAAUGCGUGUUAGUACCAUGAUCCUCCUGAUCCUACUUUGCCCCCCCCCGCAUAGUCAGUCCUUUCCUUUCUUCACAAUCGACCGAAAAUUGCCCCUAAUCCGUUCUGCCAGACAAUGUAGCAGUAAGGAAACGUUGUAUAAAGUGCGUUAGAAGAAACAGAUAGAGAGAGAGAGAGAGAGAAGCAAAAAAUUUAAAACCAACAAAACAAACAAUGGAAAGAGAAUUCGAGACUCCAAGAUAAGGUAGAGAAAAAAUACACACCGAUUAAAACACGGACAUGAUUUAAUUUAAAUCCGACCUAACAUAUACUUAAGCAUACUGUCGUGUGUAUCACAUUUACUUUUACAAGGAUAUCGUGAGUGAACAUCUUAUUUUGUAUUAAAUCAUUUGAAGUACCAUGAAGGCAACUAAAGGCGCUACUGAAGUGGAAUCGUUUAAACCCCGUUUUUGGAAGAAAAGUAAUAAAAGGUUUCCUUACAACAAAACGUACACAAUCCUCCUCCGUUAAAGC